AUGAAGUUCAUUGCCUUGAGCUCGGCGCUCCUCGCGCUGAGCGAGACGGCGGCAGCCCGCCUGAGCCUCAGAAGCAACUCCACGACCACCCGCAACACGACCUACGACUACAUCGUCGCGGGCGGUGGAACCGCGGGUAUCGUGGCCGCCGAGCGCCUCGCGAACUCGGGUCGCAGCGUGCUUCUCAUCGAGCGCGGCGGCACGUCCUUCUACGUGACCGGCAACAACAAGACGAUGCCGUGGAACGGCACCGUCACCAUGUACGACGUUCCCGGCAUGGCCGACUUCACCGGCGCGUCCCCCGACCUCCAGUACUGCAAGGACCUCGCUAUUGCCGCGGGAUGUCUCCUCGGCGGCUCGACCAUGCUCAAUGCGCUCAUGUACAUCAAGCCUCGCAAGGCUGACUUCGCGACCUGGCCCGAGGAGUGGCACUGGGAGAAUGGUGUUUCGGAUGCCGCGGAGGAGUUCUACCAGCGUCUUCCGGGAUCCAUUCUGGCUUCUGAGAAUGGGAAGCGGUACGACGACGGUGCCUUUGAGGUCAUGUCCAAGUUUUUGGAUGCUCAUGGCUGGAGCGAACAAGAUGCGUUGAAUGACCCUGAGGCCAAGGAGCUUAUGUACUCGCACCCUGCCUGGUCGAUUGCUCACGGUCUCCGCGACAGCCCCGUUCGCGCGAUCCUUCCCCACGCCCAAGCCCUUCCCAACUUCACUUUGGAGCUUCACUCCAUGGUCCUCCGCGCCAUCCGCCACGGCAGCCUCGUUACCGGGGUCGAGGUCGAGCACGACGGUGGAGCUCGCGAGGUCAUUAAGCUCAGCAAGGGUGGAUCUCUCAUCCUCGCCGCCGGCUCCCACUCCACCCCUCGCGUCCUCUUCAACUCCGGCAUCGGCCCUGCUAAGCAGAUUGAAAUCGUUGCCUCGGGUACCACCAACAUCCAGCUCCCGCCCAAGGAGCAGUGGAUUGAGCUUCCCGUCGGCGAGAACCUCAAGGACCACGGCAUUGCGACCGUCACCUUUACGACCAAAGAAAACCUCAUCGCGCUCCCCAAGACCGCGUGGACCGACCCGGACCAAGAGACUAUUGAUCUCUUCGCCCAAGGCAGCGGUCUCAUGGCUCAGGCCGGUCAGCGCCUGAACUUCUGGACCAGCGUCAACACCACCAAUGGCGCUACCCGUCAUGUCCAGGGUACCGUUCGUGCAGACAGCAACAAUACCAUUGGCGUCAAGGUGUACCUGACUCACGGCACCACUUCCACCGGUACCGUCGAGAUCACGCCGAACGGAGCAACCAAUAUGACGAAGAACCCUCUCAUGCACACCGAGGGCGAUAUCGAGGCCCUAACCACCUUUGUGGAUACCCUGCUUCAGUGGGCUCGUGAACCCGACAGCAUUCUCACCGUCCCCGAGAACACCACUGCCGAAGCUCUCGUGGCUGCUAUCGGCGGAGGAAGUCAUUACCUGGGUACUACUCAAAUGGGCUCCGCCAAUGAUGGCAAGAGCGUUGUCGAUCCCGACACCAAGGUCUGGGGCACCGACAACCUCUUCGUCGUGGAUGCUAGCAUGCAUCCCGAGGUCCCGACUGGUAACACGCAGGCGCCCAUCAUGGUCGCUGCUGCGUAUGCUGCCAAGAGGAUCUUGGAUCUGGAUCUCAACCUUGGCUGCUAG